AUGCAAGGAUUAACAAUGGUUUCGUAUGCUUUUGCAGAGCUUUUGGACAAUGCUUUAGACGAGGUUCGCAGUGGAGCAUAUGUUAAUGUAGAUAUGCUCCAGAAUAGGAAAGAUGGAAGGAAGAUGGUCGUGAUUGAAGGCAAUGGUGGUGGGAUGAAUCCUGAAAUGAUGCGACACUGUAUGUCUCUCGGAUACUCUGCCAAGAGCAAACUUGCAAACACCAUUGGACAGUGUAACGACUCUCCUUCCUGCAAGAUAUAUAACAAUGAUGGCAAUGGAUUUAAGACUAGCACGAUGAGACUCGGUGCUGAUGUUAUCGUAUUCUCACGUUGUGGUGGGAAACAUUGUGAUGGUUUUACGCAGACCAUUGGGCUUUUAUCAUAUACAUUCCUAAAGAGCACAGGAAAAGAGGACAUUGUUGGACCCAUGCUUCACUACGAAAGAAGUGAUUGGCGUAAGAAUGUUGAAACAUUAGUUCAAUGGUCGCCAUUCUCUACUGAAGAAGAUCUUCUUUCCCAGGAUAUCCAACAUAGAGGGGUUAAUCGGGAUCAGAAAAGUAUCUAUAUGGCUGCUAAUAACCCGAACUGUAGACACCUCCUGACACACAAGCACUCAUUGAGGAGUUACGUAUCCAUUCUAUACCUAAGAUUACCCCCUUACUUCCGUAUAAUUCUCCGAGGAAAAGAUGUUGAGCAUCAUGACAUUGUGAAUGACAUGAUGCAAACAGAAAGAAAAUUGUAUUGGCCAAGAGAGGCUGCCAGAGGACUCUGUAAUUGCUCAAAUGUGUAUGCUGCUGUCACAACUGGAUUUGUUAAGGAUGCAAAAAAUCAUGUUGAUGUUCAGGACUUCAAUGUUUACCACAAAAAUCGCCUUGUUAAGUCAUUUUGGAGGGUAUGGAAUGCAGCAGAAAAUGGUGGCCAUGGGAUUAUAGGUGUCUUGGAAGCUAAUUUUGUUGAGCCUGCUCAUGAUAAGCAAGGACAUCUAAUCGUCAUCAAAUCGGACCCCAAGUCAAGGUAG